AACGGUAAUGUAAUGGCCGACAUUGUAAUAAUCUUAUAACGUUCACAUUCACCGUCCUUUUGGUGUUUAUUUCGGAAUUUUUGCGUUUAGUUGUGAUGCCAUGUAGAAAUAUAAUGCUAACAUUUGUGGCACCGGCUUUGAGAUGGCAGUAUCGCCUUUUCUACUAUUAAACCCCUACGCUUUCAAUAUGAUCAAUUUAGAAAGUGCUUGUACAUUUGCUAAAUCCAGAAAUUAUAAGGAAAGCUGUAGUGUAUCGAGUGUACGACGCAUUGGUGUUCGUGUGUGUAUAUAGAGUGCGAGCAUCAGGCGUUGGCUUGCCAACGAUGUCUGGCAUUACAUUAACUAAAUUAACUCAAGGACGAAUUUCCAUUCCAAACAACAAUGUCAUCACGUACGGCGUCGAAAACAGCAUAGACAGUGACACGCUGAGUGGUACUCUGACUCAUCUUAUGGAAGAGCAUCGCACGCGGGUGGGAGCGGUAACUGGACCAGAAGCAGCUACCACGUCUACAGACGGACUAAUAUCGAAUGGAACAGAGCGAUUGCGACUUCAAGGAAGUCGGCUUCAGAACUCUCGCUUUGCUUGCUUUCGAUGUUGCGGAAACAUUAUCACUUAUCUAGUAAGGCUGCGUAGUACACCUGAGGAGCUGGAUCAGCGUUACAAGUCCAAGGAGAUUGAUAAGUUCCUGGAAAAAGAAAAACACACAUUUCGGCGUCAGGUAAAACUGCUGCUUUUAGGUGCUGGAGAAUCUGGAAAGUCAACUUUUCUUAAACAGAUGCGAAUUAUUCAUGGGGUUAACUUUGAUUAUGAACUGCUGCUGGAAUACCAAAGUGUCAUAUACCAAAACGUUAUACGAGGUAUGCAAGUCUUAUUGGACGCUCGCGAAAAGCUAAACAUUGCGUGGGGAAGUGACGGCAGAGAACAGGAUGCUUAUUAUGCCAAAUUGAUGGAAUGUAGUUCACUAGACCUACCCAAGUUUAUGGAGUAUGCACCACCAAUAAGCCGACUGUGGCAAGAUCGCGGCAUUAGAAGAGCUUUUGAAAGAAGACGAGAAUUUCAAAUUAGCGAUUCUGUUAGCUAUUUCCUAGACGAGAUUGAACGGCUAGCUACACCAGAUUAUGUGCCAACGCACAAAGAUAUUUUGCAUUGCCGGAAGGCAACUAAAGGGGUUUAUGAGUUUUGUGUGAAAGUUCAGAACAUUCCAUUUGUGUUCGUCGAUGUUGGUGGUCAGCGAACUCAACGUCAAAAAUGGACAAGAUGUUUUGAUAGCUCCGUAACGUCCAUUAUAUUUCUCGUAUCUAGUUCGGAGUUUGAUCAAGUUCUUGCGGAAGACAGAAAAACCAAUCGUCUCGAAGAGUCAAAGAAUAUAUUUGAUACAAUUGUCAACAAUGCGACAUUUAAAGGAAUAUCAAUUAUUUUAUUUCUGAACAAAACAGACUUGCUUGAACAAAAAGUUCGUAAUCCUGAGACUGAUAUUCGCUGGUACUAUCCACAUUUCAACGGAAAUCCACACUCAGUUUUAGAUGUUCAGAACUUCAUACUACAAAUGUUUAUGAGCGUUCGUCGCAGUAGCAGCAUAAGUAGGAUCUAUCAUCACUUUACCACAGCCAUAGAUACACGUAAUAUUAAUGUUGUAUUUAAUUCUGUUAAGGACACAAUACUUCAGCGUAACCUUAAUGCUCUUAUGCUUCAAUAGAAACCACCAUUCUUACAAACAAAUUUAAGAUAUUUAAGAAUUUGUAGUUAUUUUAAACGACCCAUAAACAGAAUUUUGUAAUCCUGAGGCUGACACUUGCUGGAGCUAUUCUCAAUGGGAAGUACACCCGUUUGGGGUUUCCAAUGCCUAAGAUACGUGAAAUUAAGCUUCUUUUGGUAACUAUGGUAAAUAACUAUAUAUAAAAUUAAAAAAAAAGAGACUACAGCAUUUUUAUGUGCAUUUAGACCUAUUCAAACCCAUCGGCAAACUUAGUUAUCGUGGUAUUUGUGAUAUAAUAAUAUAAAUAACAACUUUUUAGCAUAUGCAUAUGCAUUUAAUAUGGUCGAUUUUUUGAUUUAUAUUAAUAUUAUCGAUAUAUUGAAACGGAUAUUAGCAAGAUAGCAUGUUAUAGUCGAGUUCCCGGACUAUCAGAUACCCUUUACUCAGAUAGUGGAAGUGCGAACAAGAAAUUACAACAUAUUCUAGAAUAUCGGUAAAAACUAUGGAAAAAAUAUAAAAAAAUUAAAUCAUAAUUUAAAAAUUUUCCAUAAGCAAACAAAUUUUUGGCAAACCGAUAGCAAUUUCCAUGACUAAGAAACAACUUUAAAAAUCUCAUAACAUUUUUCAAAAGUGUAAGCGUGGCAGCUUUUGGCGGCUUGUAAGCGUGGCAGAAAGUUUUUUGUUAAAUCGAUAGGAAUUAAAAAAUGUGUAAAAAUAUAAAAACUUUUUUCAGAUGUGCGGUCGUGGCAGUUAUGGUAGGUUUGUGGGCGUGGCAAAAAGUUCUUUGGCAUAUUGAUAGAACUUUACAAGACUAAUAAAAAUCAAAAAAUAUCAAAUUAUUUUUCAAAAGUGUGGGCGUAACAGUUUUGGGCGGUUUGUGGGCGUAGAGUAGGCGUGGCAACAUGGGUCAACAAACUUGCGUUGCGUCUAUGUUUCUAGAAUCUGUAUGCUCAAUACCAACCUAGCUUUUUUAGAUCUCGACGUUCAUAUGGAAGGACAGGGCCGAAUCGAUUCGUACUGAUCAAGAAUAUAUAUACUUUCUACCUGUUAUCACGAAUCUAGUAUACCCUUUUAUUCUACGAAUAACGAGUAUACAAAUUAGAUUUUUAAGUAUUUUGCGUGAAUCAUCGUUUUGAGGCAUCUGCCAGUCACCAAUGUACGUUAAAUUAUCAAAUUAGCAUAAAUAUUCUUGAAGAAGUUUUAAAAGUAACAUGGAAUUCUUGUUGACAUUUCCACCCCUAAAAAGUGCCUUAUACGCUAUAAACUACGGAAUGCAUAUCUGAGAAAGAGCAAGUUUUUUUAUACAUCCCAAUAAAAUAAUGUACCCAUUCUACAGAAAAUAUGAAAUUUAAAAAUUACAUUUUGAUUAAAUGAGGAAUAGCCUCACGUUCCCUCGUAUCCGAAACAGUAUUUUUUGUAGAGAGCUGCAAUUGUUGUUAACUUUGUAAAGAUAUACUUACUUGUUCACUAACUUGGUAUUUAAUAAAAGUGUUGCUUGUUUGCAUACAAAUAUUAAAACAUAAAUUUAAAAAUUAAACGAAAUAAUAUUAGAGUACAUUUAAAUUUAAUUAUUUUUUUUGCUUUUAACAGAAAUUAUGUUUUCCUUUAUAUUUUCUUUUAGUUUCCUUUAUAAUGGGUUAGCAUUGCCCUGUAUUUGUUUUAGUUUUAUAGCGAUGAUUUUUUUCAUGGCCAAUUACAAUCGCCAUUACAAACCGCAAACCAUUACAAAUUGCAAACGCACAUUGAACUCUUCGGACAGAUACAGUUGCGGUCAAAAUAAUAGUAGUGCCGGUGAAGCAACACGUUAUUUCUCAUUAUUUCCUCUAUGCCUUCACAUAUUCAAAUAAUUUUUUCACACAAGUGACGUUAAUUCUUUGCUCUCUAAGAACGUAAAGUUAUUUUCGGUUCUCUCUUCGUUUUACAUUCUUUUUCGGCUUUAAUUGCAAGGAUGCACUUGUUUGACCCAGUCAAAAUAAUAGUAGUGCCAGCUAAAUUGACAAGAAUAAUUAAAUUUAAUCGCUUUUUAGCCAGGUUUGUGGUAUUUUACAAUACUCUUGCGUGUUUUUUAACAGUUUCUAUCAUUUUUAGACUCUUCUUUGAAAUUAGGUACAGAAUAUAUGGGGCGUGGCAAACACUGUAAUGCCGAGAGGCGGUAACUCAUUAAAAAACUGAUUUUUUCUGGAAAGACUUAUGUCAGGGUGCAAAAUAUUAUCGGAUGCUCUUCUACAAUGAUUAGAAAUGCAAUCAAAUAUGAACCAACAAAUGAAACUCGUGGUCGGUUCAAGUUAUUGACCAAAAGGUCAGUAGAUCGCUUAACAAGACAGGCAAGAAGCAAUCCUUUCGGGUCCACUGCAGCCCUAAAAAAAAUCUUGUAAAAUUAAUUUUAGUUUGGAAACAAUAAGAUGUCUCGGAGAUGAAAACCUCAUUUCAAGAAGUCCACGAAAAGUGCCGUUACUAACAAAAAAACAUGCAGCAAGUUAUGCAACAUUCCGUUUGAAGUUUGCAAGAAAGCACUUGAAUUGGCCUUUGGAGAAGUGGAGGAAUAUUUUGUGGUCGGAUGAGUCCAAGAUAGUUUUGUUUGGAGGCCAUGGCUCUCGGGAGUUUGUUAGACGACCACCCUUAUCUGACUUUUUCCCGAAAUAUACAUUAAAAACGGUUAA